GGGGUGGUUGUAUUAUCUGGCUUAGUUCCUGUAAUGAACCUGGGAGUGGGUAGUUGUACCAUCCUGCAGCCCAUACCCUUAUGGAUGAGAAAACUAGGGCUCAGAGAAGGAGAGUCACUUUCUGAAAGCUGGACAGCUCCAAUGUGGGCUGUGAUCCAGUUCCCCCAAUUCCAGAGCUCAAGGGCUCUCUACCCCACAUGAGCCUCAGUCCCCACUGGCUUCUCCUCUCAUCUCAGUCCCUGGCCGCCUGCCCUCCCUUACCCGGAACACCCUCCUCACACCUGGCCUUUGGUCUUCCCUCCUCUCCACCCUCCACCAUCCUCUUUCCAGAGAAGGGGCCCAACCGGAAGACCAGUUCAUGUUAGGAAAUUCUAGCCACGUGAACAAGCCUGAGCCAGGGAUUCUGAGCAACUGGUGGCUUUAGGAGAAACUGAAACUUGGCCCUUUGGGGGCGGAGUGGCCACUGGGGAUUUAAAGAGCCACCACUUCCUUAGGCCUCCAGAGGGCACUGAGAAGUCACAGCUGCUGAGGGACGACUCUGCUUCCCCGCCCAAGCCAUGCACCUCUGUAGGGGCAGUGGGCUGCUGACCGGGACAGACCCCGAGGAGCAACAAAGGCAGCUGAAGAAGCAGAAGAACCGGGCAGCUGCCCAGCGAAGCCGGCAGAAGCACACAGACAAGGCAGACGCCCUACACCAGCAGCACGAGUCUCUGGAGAAAGACAACCUCGCCCUGCGGAAGGAGAUCCAGGCCCUUCAGGCCGAGCUGGCGUGGUGGAGCCAGACCCUGCACGUGCAUGAGCACCUGUGCCCCAUGGACUGUGCCUCCUGCUCAGCUCCAGGGCUCCUGGGCUGCUGGGACCAGGCUGAGGGGCUCCUGGGCCCUGGCCCACAGGGACAACAUGGCUGCCAGGAGCAGCUGGAGCUGUUCCAGACCCCGGACUCCUGUUCCCCAGCUCAGCCGCUGUCUCCAGGUCCACAGCCUCAUGAUUCCCCCAGCCUCCUCCAGUCCCCUCUGCCCUCACUGUCCCUUGGCCCCACUGUGGUUGCUGAACCUCCUGUCCAACUGUCCCCCAGCCCUCUCCUGUUUGCCUCACACACUGGUUCCAGCCUGCAGGGGUCUUCCUCUAAGCUCAGUGCCCUCCAGCCCAGCCUCACAGCCCAGACUGCCCCUCCACAGCCCCUCGAGCUGGAGCAUCCCACCAGACGGAAGCUGAAGUCCUCUCCCAACAACCCUUCUUCUGACCUGGGGCUUGCAUGUCUGCAGAUCAGGGAGCACAAACCUGCUCUCUCAGCGGCCGCUUGGCAAGGGCUGGGUGUGGAUCCUAGCCCUCACCCUCUCCUGGCCUUUCCUCUGCUCGCCUCUCUCAAGUCCACUUCUAACCUGGUCUCUGGAGCUGCGUUGGCCCCUUCUUCAGGCUCAGGAAGCAACCUUAGCACACGGGCCUCUCCUCCCUCGCUACUGGGUGCUGCCCUGCGUGGCUGACCAGCUGGCCCAGGAUUUCACAGUGGAAAAGGAAGUCACCAAUGAUGCCUCCCACUGUCACCACCAAUAUCUUAUUUCAACCUCACAGUUGACCUGAGAAAUCGAGAUGAUCACUCCACUUUUUCAGACAAGGAAACUGAGGCUCAGGGAAGCCAAGUGACAAGGCCAAGGUCACAAAGCCUUUCUUGGAGCCCGAAACACCACCCUCUGCUCCUCCUUCUCCUGUCCUGGCCCAGGCAUCCUAGGGGCUGAAAUCCUGGAAACUGAGGGCUGAUGUGAGAAGGUUUGUGUGCUGGGAUCAGAGAAGGGCUCUCUGCACUCCUACGUGAUUCCAGGGCCAGAGCCCUAUGGUCCCAGAAAUCCUGACCAGGCUGGGGCAGGUCCAGAGUCCAAGCCCUGGUGGGUAGAGGCCAAGUAGAAGCCCGGACUCUUGCUUCCCCUAGUAGUGUUUUCAGUGCCAAGAAGCUGAACCUGCAGGCUGGAGUUGGGGAGAGGCCUGGAACAGGCCCAUCUGGGAUUUCUACAGCCUGGGUACUCAUAGCCACACCAAGGCUUCUGGGAGAUUCUGCAGGGUCAGCUCUCCAGGCUAUUCCCAAAUAGCUCCCUGCCUCCCCACUGCCCCUAAAGCCACAGUGGAAGAGCCAUUCAUCUCAUAAACAAAAAGCAAGAGGAAAGAAUGAGCAAGGACCCUGUGCAAGGUUAUUUUCAAGCAGUGAUGGGCUUGCACCUGACAGCAGGGAGGCUAUACCUUUCCUGGUAGCACCCACCCGUGUGUGGCCCCUAGGCCCCCAUUACCCUCAGACCCCUCCUAAGCAGUUCCCUCAUUGCUCCUUGGCCUGGGCUAACAGCAGGAAGAGUAUGGCCCAGGACCCGGUGGGAGUUCAGUGAUGGUGUCUGCUUCAAGAGGGUGUUUUGCACUCUGACUCCAGGACAAGCACUCUAAGGGGGACUGGGGAGAGAAACCCUGGCUCUUCACCCAGGUUUCACUCACAUGUAAAUGAAACACUAUGUUAGUAUUUAACGCAUUCCUGGAUACUGAACACAAGUCUUGGAACAUAUGUGAUGGAAAUAAAGUGUUUUGCAAUCUUU